UUACCCGAUGAUGAAUUUCAUAAAUACUUUGGUGAGCUUGUCGAGCAGCUGUCUAAAGAAGCAAAUGGCUAUACACUGCGCACGGCAAAUUCCGUGUAUGUGGACCAGAAUUUUGAACUUAAAGAAUUGUUCACAUCGUUGAUUAACGAGAGUUAUGCGGGACAACUGAAAACGGACGACUUUUCGCAAUCGGCUGCUGUGGCGAAUGUUUGUUUUUGA